AUGACCGACGAGGAAAUGGAUAUUAUAUGCCGUCCAUUAACAACGGCGGUGAGGAAAGCGUCCAUUAAGCGGUGGACCCGUGUGUUUCUGUUUCUUGUGAUGGUGGUAGCUAUUGGAUAUACUGUGAGUCAGACGGAAGCAUUUCAAUGGCACGCAGCGGCGAUAGCUCGGAUGACUUUAAUACGGCUGCUCCCGAUUUGGGAUUGGACUCCGCUAUACUACAAUAAGUGCCUCAUUGAAAGAUCGCAGCCCCAUAGCAUGGACAACGAUUUCGUCUCACCAGCGGAUUGUAUUUCCUGUGAAUCUAUCAAAAAAAUCGCACGCGUCUCCGACUCCAGCUACAACGAAGUCUUCAACCACCAUCUGCUGCGCGGCGCCCCGGUAAUCGUGACGGACGCCUACCACGACUGGUCGAUAACGCGCUCCGAGCUGAACCUGACCAGCUUCAUAGGCGACGACGACCGCCUCCGUGACUCCGUGCCGUGCAGGGUCCUCACCAACAUCCGGCUCGGCCGCCAGCCGAUGGACCUCGAGGAGAUCGUCUCCCGCAUAACCAACACCAACAUACCGAGCUGGUUCGUUCACUUCCAGAACUGCGACAUACGAGCGGUGAAGUCCUUCAGGCUGCUCGCGCCGCGCCCCUACUUCCUGUCCCCCCACAUACCCCCCUCGCACUUCAACUGGCUGCUGCUGUCGAAGAACUACGACACGCACAGGUUUAAGGCCCUCGAGCUGGACGUAGGCCUGAUCGUAAUGUCGCAAUUGAAGGGAAGGAAUAUCGUUCGGCUGAAGCCGAGAGCGCCCUGCGAGGAGAUCUGCUACAACUUGAGUGUAGAGCUCGUAGAAGGCGAGACUCUAGUGCUGGCCAACUCUUUAUGGGAGUUGGAGUACUUGCCAGGUCGCGGGGAGAACGUGGCGAUAGUCACAGAGACAGACUGGAUCGAGUCA